CUCUUUUCCUUCACCGAGCGCUCGAAACCGACCAGCAAGGUUUUGGUUCAAACAGGGCAAAGAUCUUCUUAUUGCUGUCGGCUCGCUUGUCGUCAAGUUCCAGACUUUUGUUUACUCUUAGGUAAACCAAUACUACCUCUCGUCGGCGAUACGGAUGCCACUCCUGGACUCCAAAAUCCGGGGUAAUCGCGGCUCUAUUCUCUCACUACGGAUUUGAUCCGCCCACUGCUAUCUUCAAUGGAUCCGACUUCAACACCAACAACUGAACCGGGCUUGACUCAUAUGGCUUCUUGGCUGAUAGACGUCCAAAAUAUCCCAGCUCAUGGAUACAUGCGCUUAUCGCCGGCCACUCGGUGCCCCUGAUCGGGUGUGACAUUCCUACACUAGCGGCAUGGCUGCCAUGGAUUCAGACAACGGAUUGGGGCAUGUUCUGCAAAGAAACCCUACUGAUCUUAUCUCCAAAAUACUACCAUAAGAACGCCGCUGACCUCGACACACAAGUCCGCAUCAAAGACUUUGUCCCCCUUCCUCCACUCUCCUGGGUGUCGUUGGUCUUCUGCACCGCGGGCCUCGUCUGAUUGCUACACCAAAGACAACCAUCACCAACGGAAUCCCGUCAGCAUUUGGCUAAUCUCGAAAUCCAGCUCCUGUGCCUCCAAAGGGUCCUGAUCCGGUUGCCAUGUCCAAGUACGGCGAUGGAAACUUCGCCGAAAAGCAGGGCGGCGGCGAGGCCCUGGAUGUGGCUUCCUCUCACAACCAAGGCCAGGUGAUUGACGGUACCAUUUCUCUGGACGCCAGCCAUCAAUUGCAAAGAGGUCUCAAGAGUCGGCACAUUCAAUUUCUGGCUUUGGGAGGAGCUAUCGGAACGGGUCUCUUCGUCGGUUCGGGUGGUAUCUUGGCCACCGUCGGCCCAGCGCCGCUAUGGCUGGCCUACCUAUCCAUGAUGCUUCUUGUCUGGAUCGUCAUGAACUGUAUCGGCGAAAUGUGCACAUACCUUCCUCUCAGAGGAAUCACACUGCCCUACUUUACCGAACGUUUCGUCGAUGCUAGCCUGGGGUUUGCCGCUGGCUGGAAUUAUUGGUAUGCGUACGCCAUCCUCGUCGCCGCCGAAGCGUCCGCAGGCGCCAUCCUCCUCAACUACUGGGAAACACCAGUGCCUACCUGGGCCUGGAUCACCAUCAUCCUUGUUGUUAAUCUGGUCUUGAACAUCAUCGCGGUCGAGGUCUUUGGUGAGGCCGAGUUCUGGUUUGCCAGCAUCAAGUUCAUCACCAUCAUGGGGCUCAUCAUUGUUGGCCUCGUCAUCAUGCUGGGAGGCGGGCCAAACCACAAGCGGUUAGGGUUCCACUAUUGGAACGAUCCGGGAGCGUUCAAGGAGUACCUCGCACCUGGUGCCACUGGCAGGUUUGCUGCGUAUUGGACGGCAUUCGUCCGCGCCGGAUUCAGCUUCAUCACCUCCCCCGAACUCAUCGGUCUCGCUGCUGGUGAGACUGUCGCACCGAGACGCAACAUCCCCAAGGCCGCCCGCCGUUUCUUGGGUCGUCUGGCUGUCUUUUAUGGUAUCAGCUCCUUGAUCGUAGGCUGCAUUGUUCCCUCGGAUAACAAGAACCUGCUUUCCGGCACCUCGGACGCCAGCGCCAGUCCUUGGGUUAUAGGUAUUCAGCUCGCCGGUAUCGGCGGCCUGAACCAUGUUAUCAACGCUGCCAUCUUGACCUCUGCUUGGUCCGCCGGUAACGCGUUCUUGUACUCAGGAUCCCGUAUCCUGUAUUCUCUGGCCCAAAACGGCCAAGCACCCGCUAUUUUCACGAGAACUACCAGGCGUGGUGUUCCAUAUACCGCCGUCUUGAUGACCUGGGCAUUUUCUCUGCUUGCGUACCUGAACGUAUCCAACAACGGCGCUCAGGUGUUUACCUGGUUCUCCAACCUUUCCACCAUCUCCGGGUACAUUGGCUGGAUCGUUCUGCUCAUCACUUACCUGCGAUUCCGUCAGGCGCUCAAGGUCCAGGGACUGUUGGCGACACUGCCCUUCAAAACUCCGGGCCAGCCAUAUGCGGCAUGGUUUGCCCUGGUCAUGAUCAGCAUCUUGACACUCACAAACGGAUUCCAGGUGUUUGUCAAGUGGAAUUACAAGGAUUUCCUUGCAGCGUACAUUACCUUGCCUGCUUUCCUUGUUCUAUACUUCGGCCAUAAGAUCUGGCACAGGACGCCGUUCCACAAGCCCGCCGUUGAGAUCGAUGUAUUGACAGGCAAGAAGGAGAUGGACGAUAUGUGCGCGAAUGACGUGGACCCGGUUCCGAGGAAUUGGUUGGAGAAGAUCUGGUUUUGGAUCGCAUGAUUGUUCUUGUUAUUUUGUUGCUGCUGCUGUUGUCGUGAUACCCUUCAAUUGCAUUUACAAACACGUCGUCCCUGAUGUUUUCGAGACCUAUUGGUUUGUUGAUCUGUCAUUCCCUGUGCAUGGUAACAACGAAUCAGAUGAAUGUAUCACCACAAACUCAGAUCCUCAUCUUUCAGCGCAUAACUCGCACUAGAACGCUCAAACAGUGACUCAUUCGCACGAUACUCGUCAACCUCCGGGCAACAUGGAACGAUUUCGCAUCGAACGAUAUGUUGCACAAGAGCCUGGUACCAUCAGAAUGAUCCGAGCAGUGGAAUUUGGACAGCGAGGGCGAGUCUUGAAUUCCAAAUUGGUGCUGGUGGCCAAGCCGCCACAGCUCAGCACAUCAGCCCUAAGGAACGGCAGCUAGAGGUAGGCGCGGAUAGGGGAUCGAGAUGGAGUUU